AUGAAUCCACAGUAUUUACCUCCACAGCAGUUUGGAGGCCCCCAGCAGGGAUUCCAAAAUGUUUCUCUGGGUCCUUCUAAACCCCCUCCAGGGGAUUUUCCACCCAACAAUUUCACUACUUCAAUAGCUAGAGAACCUCCGACAAGUCAGUUACCACCUAUGGUACAAAUUCCACCAAGCCAGCUACCCCCCUCUGGUGGUCAUGGCUUCAAUUCUCAGCUAAAUAGUGGUCCGCCAAUGAAAAGUGAUAUGAUUCCCAAUGUUCAGAAUGGACACAUCCCAGUGUCAUCAACGGAUCAGCAGAGCAGACCAACAUUCACACCACAAAACAUCUCUGGUUCUCAACCUCCUAACCAAUAUGGCCCAGCACCCACUCAAAAUAUUCCGUCCAGACCUCCAUCUCACCAACCCAGUCAAACACCCAUCGACCCAAAACAAGACACUACAAGCAAUGUCGGCACCCCAACUGCACAUCAAACCCCAAAUGCUCCACCGAGACCCCCAUCCAACCAACCCUUCCAAAUGGGACAACCUCCAUCUGGUACAUCCCAACAUAUAACACCAACAAGUCAGUUUGACACCACACCGAAUCCAGCUCAGAAAGGCCCACCACCAAAUCUGCAACAACAACAGCAACAAGGCAAUAAUCCGAACGUCCCACCGAGACCAUCAUCUAACCAAACCUCGCAAAUGGGACAACCAUCUCAGCCAGGUGGACCACCACCACCUCAAAACCAGUUCAAUCAGCCGCCAUUGCAGAUGCAGAACAACUCAAUUCAAUCACAGGGUAUGCCAGGCCAGCCAAAGUCUGGUCAGCCACCUUUGAUGGGUCUAUCAUCUAGGCCUCCAAUGACUGGCCAAGGAGAUUUUGGGUCUGGCCAAGCAGGCUCAUUGCCUGGCCGGGGGCCACCAAUGUUAUCAGGCCAACCUGGUCAAGUUCAGUCUGCAAAUAAUCAGCAAAACCCUUACCAGCAUGCAUCUGGGCCAUAUCCACCGGUCGGGCCACUAAUGUCAUCUGGUGGGUCACAGAUAGUACCUGGUGGGUCACAGAUUCCACCAGGUGGCCCACAGAUGCAGCAAGGUGGUCCACAGAUGCCACAAAUGCCACAUAGUGGGUCACAGAUGCCACCUGGCAGAUCACUGAUACCACCUGGUUUAUCACAGAUGCCAACCAGUGGGUCACAGAUGCCACCUGGUGGACAGCAUAUGCCACCUGGUUUGUCACAGAUGCCAACUAGUGGGUCACAUAUACCAUCUGGUGGGUCACAGUUGCCACAUGGAGGGUCACAGAUGUCACACAUGCCUCCUGGAGGGCCACAAAUGAUGCGUGGGUCACAGAUGUCACAAGGAGGGCCCCAUAUGUCACAAGGAGGACCACAAAUUCCACAAGGAGGACAUCAAAUGUUGCCCGGUGGGCCACCGUUACCCAACAAGUCACAUCAGCUGAACAAUCAAAUGCAAGGAAUGAAUUUGGGUGGUCCGCGACAAUAUCCAAGUGGACCCAUGAAAAACGCUAUGAAUGGAGACGGUAGUCCGCAUAUGCCGCCACCAUUAAAUCAACCAGGCUACAUGAAUGGGCAGCAAAUAAAGGGGCCAGGUUACCCUCCUAUGCCUGGACAAGGACCUAUGCCCAUGCCUGGUCAGAUGCCUGGUCAGGGUCAGAUGCCUAUGCCAGGUCAAAUGCCUAUGUCGGGUCAAAUGCCUAUGCCUGGUCAAAUGCCUAUGCCUGGUCAAAUUCCUGGGCAGGGUCAGCUGCCUGGACAAGGACAUUUGCCUGGGCAGGGACAAAUGCCUGGGCAGGGACAAAUGCCUGGACAAGGACAGAUGCCUGGACAACCUGGAUAUGCCAGUGGGCCUGGAGUUUAUCCUCAGCAACAGCAGAAUAGGAGGCUGGAUCCAGAUCAGAUGCCUAGUCCGAUUCAAGUAACACAAGAUGACCAACAAAAUAGAUCAGGUGUAUUCGUCACAAAUCAAAAAGGUCUCGUCCCUCCUUUAGUGACUACUAAUUUCAUUGUUCAAGAUCAAGGAAAUGCUAGCCCAAGAUUCAUAAGGUCCACCAUGUAUAAUGUACCGAUAACCCAAGACAUUUUGAAGCAAACAGCGGUCCCCUUCAGUCUGGUCAUAAGUCCGAUGGCGAGACAUGUGGACCAGGAAUAUCCACCGCCCAUAGUGAAUUUCGGAGAUUUGGGACCUGUCCGUUGCAUAAGGUGCAAAGCGUACAUGUGCCCUUUCAUGCAAUUUGUUGAUUCUGGAAGACGUUUCCAGUGUAUGUUCUGUAUGGCUACCACUGAUGUACCUACGGAGUAUUUCCAACAUCUCGAUCACACCGGUCAAAGGAUGGACCGUUACGAGCGUCCAGAGCUAGUGUUAGGAACUUACGAGUUUGUUGCCACGGCGGACUAUUGCCGAAACAACGCAUUACCCAAACCGCCUGCCAUCAUUUUCGUGAUUGACGUGUCGUAUAACAGCGUCAAAUCGGGCAUGGUGAGCCUGCUUUGCUCGCAGAUGAGGGAGAUCGUGAGCAAUCUGCCGGUGGACCAGGGACAGGAAAAGAGCAACAUGCGAGUCGGGUUCAUCACGUACAAUAGCUCUGUGCAUUUUUAUAACAUUAAGGGUACGCUGGCCGCCCCCCAAAUGAUGGUGGUGGGAGACGUGCACGAAAUGUUCAUGCCCCUCCUGGAGGGCUUCCUGUGCACCCCGGAGGAAUCGGGAGCCGUCAUCGAUGCGCUCAUGGAGCAGAUACCGGCGAUGUUCGGUGAUACGAGAGAGACGGAGGUUGUCUUGCUGCCGGCCAUCCAGGCUGGACUGGAAGCAUUGAAAGCUUCCGACUGCGCCGGCAAACUCCUAGUAUUCACCUCGACCCUACCUUCGGCAGAGGCGCCCGGCAAGCUCAAGAACCGCGACGACAGGAAACUCCUCGGCACCGACAAGGAGAAAGCGGUGCUGACGCCGCAGUCGCAGGCGUACAACCAGCUGGGCCAGGAGGCGGUCGGCGCCGGAUGCUCGGUCGAUCUCUUCGUCUUCAACAACUCCUACAUCGAUGUGGCCACUAUCGGGCAGGUGGCCAGGCUGACGGGCGGAGAGGUCUUCAAGUACACUUACUUCCAGGCCGACAUUGAUGGCGAACGCCUAAUCAACGAUAUCAUCACAGAUGUGAGUAGACCGAUAGCCUUCGAUGGGAUCAUGAGAGUAAGGACCUCCACCGGAGUACGACCGACCGAUUUCUAUGGACAUUUUUAUAUGUCGAAUACGACAGAUAUCGAAUUAGCUUCAAUUGAUUGUGAUAAGGCGAUUGCAGUGGAAAUAAAACACGACGACAAGCUGGCAGAAGAAGCAGGAGUUUACAUCCAAGCAGCUCUAUUGUAUACAUCCUGUUCCGGUCAGAGGAGGCUGAGAAUCAUAAAUCUUUCUCUGAAGACUUGCUCUCAAAUGGCCGAUCUCUAUCGAAGCUGCGAUUUGGACACACUAGUGAAUUACAUAGCCAAGCAAUCGGUCUAUAAACUUUUAGACAAUAAUCCGAAGGCUGUCAAAGAUGCCAUAGUGAGCAGGGCGGCUCAAAUCCUGGCGACCUACCGCAAGAACUGCGCCAGCCCUAGCAGCGCCGGGCAGCUCAUUCUGCCCGAGUGCAUGAAGCUCCUCCCCCUCUACGUCAACUGUCUGCUCAAGAGCGACGCGCUUUCGGGUGGCGCCGAGCUGACGAUCGACGACCGGUCGUUCGCCAUGCAGGCAGUGAUGACGAUGGACGUGGUAACGUCGGUGCACCACUUCUAUCCGCGGCUGAUACCGGUGCACGAUCUGGAUGCGGCGAGGGUGCCGGUCGAGGUGCCGGCGCCGGUCAGGUCGACGAUGGAGAAGAUGAGCGAGCAGGGAGUUUAUAUUCUGGAAAAUGGUAUCCACAUGUUCUUGUGGUUCGGCCUGGGCGUCAGUCCGGAAUUCACCCAGAAGGUGUUUGGUGCCCCGUCUGCCAUCCAAGUUGACGUGGACAGAAUUGGUCUGCCGGAAUUGGACAAUCCUCUAUCUCUGGCUGUACGAACUGUCGUCGACGAAAUAAGGAUACAAAGGCACAGGUGUAUGAGGCUAACAUUAGUAAGGCAGAGGGAGAAACUAGAGCCUGUGUUCAAGCAUUUCCUAGUCGAAGAUCGUGGCAACGACGGUUCACCAAGCUAUGUAGAUUUCCUAUGUCAUAUGCACAAAGAAAUCAGGACAUUAUUGAGUUAGCAAAGUUAGCCAUGAUUUAGACGUUGGUGGUUUGAAUAAAUUCACGGAAAUUGUACCAGGAUCUUUAAAUGUAUUGCCAACAAAAAAGGAAACCUUAUAUAGCUACUAUAGUUGGUAUGCAAUAUGGCAAUGUUGAAAAAUAUUGUUUGUAUACAAACAUCAAAAGAAAGUGACCAUUGAAAAACUAAGACGCCGAGAUUUUGGAAUCUUAAAUGCACCUUUUUGUGAACAUAAUUGAACUCUUCUGUUAUAUUCCAUUACCUUUCUACUUAUAUGAAUCUGUUUCAUGUUCAUAUUUUAUUUGUCCUUAUUCGUUUGACUCACAUCUUUAUAAGGUUUUUAAAUCUCAGUUUGGAGCCAUUAAAGUCGACAGAAACUUGCAUUUUCAUUCUUCAACCAAAACAAUUAUUGAAUAUCUUUGGUAUUUCCUAAUUGAUUUCAUUGAAUUAUCUUGGAAUUUAGUAGUAUGGAAUCUCUGGUUAUUGUUUCAAGUUCCCAACAAUUUAAUGUAUUCAUACUUUAUUUUGUGAUAUGGUAACAUUGUAUUGAAUUUCCUGAACUUUCUCAGAUUUUCCUUCCAUAGCAUAACAAUUUAUCUGCUAUUUUCUUGCAGUCCCAAUUCCUUUCAGAAAUAUUUUAGGCUACACUGGCACUUCGAUACUUAUGUGGAAUCACUCCGUAGAUUCUCUGAAAUUAUUGAAAAUUCCAUGGCAUCGUCAAACAUUUUGCGAAUUUACCGAAAUGCCCUGUAACUCUGGAAUUUCCUAUUGUUAACUCAACUUAUGAAACUAUAUGUGGUUUUCUGUGAUGGUCUGAUACAUAAUGGAGGUUGUUGAUCGAAAUUGCAAAAGGCCUUUAUGACAUGAUGCAAUUUCAAAAGUAAAAACCAUGGCAAAAUUGCUCCGUGUUAUUCAGCCUUAAAGAAUAAAUUCGUUUUUAUUUUUCGUGUAAUAUAUAUAGUAUGUUAGGAAAUAAAUGGUGAGCAGGUUCACACUUGCAAAAACAUUUACAAAUGGAUGUUCAUGAGGUUGAUCUGAUCUUCAAGAAAUUCUGCUGUGGUACAAAUUCCACUUUGAGUGUGAAUUGGCUUGCUAUAAAAAAUGAAAGUUGAUCAUGUAUUUAUAAAUAAUUAUUUUGUAUCUAUAUUAUUAUAUAUUUUAUUUGUACUCAUUCAUUGCAUUGGUUAUGUAAUAUAGACAUUUAAAAAAACGAUUAUAACAAAAUA